AUGGGACUAGGUUUGUUACCAAGAAACUCUUCCUUCAACCUGUUAUUCAACCAUUUACAUGAAUUGGGUUUAGAAAGAAGCCUUUGCAGAAAGUAUUAUGGUUCUUCUUCAGUACAGUUAUUGUAUGAUUCUGAUAAAGCUGUUAUUCCGAUAAGAAGAUCACAUAGCUGCAAAGGUCGCAAGCUUUAUUCAGUUGUAGUGAGAGUAUGCAAGUCUUUGAGUUGGGAAGUUGCAAAAGAAAUCCCUUUUAAAAAAGCUAUGAAAAAGUAUGGCUUGUCUCAUUCGAUAAACGCCUUUAGCGCGAUGGUACAUAUUUUUGUGUUUGCAGGGAUGGAUAGAGAAGUGUAUGCUUUGCUCAAAGAUAUUGUUUUCAACUUUGAGAACACUGGUAUUGACUUGCGUAAUGUAAUCCACAUUGCUCUGCAUUCAUCACCUAAUAAUGCUACAAGUUCAACUGUUCUAGCUGAUGUACUUAUCAAGGUGUUUGCUGCAAAUACUAUGCUUGAUCAUGUUAUUGACGUUGUUAAUCAGCUCAAGAAAAUUGGGCUUGAACCGAGUAUUUAUUCGUGUAAUUUCUUACUGAAAUGCUUGGCAGAAGCAAGCCAAAAGGAGAAUCUUGUAAAACUAUUUGAGGCAAUGAAGAAAUUUGGACCAUCACCUAAUGUGAGGACAUACACAAUCAUGAUGAACUUCUACUGCACAUAUUAUCCAGGGCAACAGACCGGCGUAGAUAUAAAAGAAGCCUACAAAAUUCUGAAAGAAAUGUGGGAAAAACAGAUCAAUCCUUCUGCUUCAACAUAUAGUGUAUGGGUCCAUGGACUUUGUAGAAUUGGAUGUCCUGAUGUUGCUUGGAAAUUCAUUCGGAAGCUGAGAUAUGAGAACCAACCUCUGAAUUCUUACUGCUACAAUGCUAUUAUUUACGGAUUCUUUGCUGAGGGUGAAGUAAGUAAAGCUAUAAGCGUUUUCGAAGAAAUGAGGAGUUUUGGAAUAACACCAGAUGUCUGUAGCUAUAGCAUUCUAAUCGGUGGGUUCUGCAAAUUCUACAGUAUUGAUAGAGCAUUGUGUUUUAUUCAGGAUAUGCAAGAUAAUAACAUCAAGCCUAACCCAAUUAGCUAUAGCUCAAUUCUUAAGGGUUUGUGCAACAUUGGAGCAGCGAAAAUCGCCAAAGAUUUUCUUCAUGACCUUAAGAACUCUGGAUGCAAAGUUGAGCAACGUGCUUACAACAUCUUAAUUACUGGAUUUUGUGCUCAAGGAGAUCUGAGUUCAGCCCAUGAGCUACUGGAGGAGAUGAUCAGCAGUAGCUUUGCUCCAGAUGCUUCAAUUUAUAAGAGAUUAAUUCGUGCUUCCUGCCACAUGGGGUCUGUUGAUACAGCGUUGAAGUACCGAAAUAUGAUGGUACGAGAAGGUUUCCUGCCUGAUUCCAUUACCUGCCAUUUUAUUGUUAAGCAGUACUGUACUGAAGGGCGUGUGAUGGAAGCUUUGCACCUGAUUGAUGAAAUGAUAGAUCAAGGCAUCGUCCCCAACUUGUAUACCUAUAAUGUAGUCAUUAACCACUUGUGCAAAGAUGAAAACACAGAAGAGAAAGAAGGGCGUUUGCAGGAAGCUUUGCAUCUAAUUGAUGAAAUGGUGGACCAAGGGAUCGUCCCAGACUUGUAUACCUAUAAUGUAGUCAUUCACCAAUUGUGCAAAGAUAUAAACCCAAAGAAAGCGUUGGAGUUAAUCACAGUGAUGCUUCAGAGGGACAUGUUUCCCAAUGUUAUGAUUCUUAAUACUCUUAUCGAUGGAUUUGUUAAACAGUCCAAUUUUAAGAAGGCUGGUAUGUUUUACAGGGGAAUGCUAAAGCUUGAGAUUACUCCUGACAUCACCACAUAUACAAUUCUUAUUGACAUGUUAUGCAAGCGGGGAAAAGUGAGAAAGCACUACAGACGGAGAAAAGUGAAAAAAGCCUACAAAUUAUUUAGGAAAAUGAUCAGGGAGGGUUUGAAUCCCGAUAACAUCUGUUACACCUCCAUGAUCGCUGGCCUUUGUGAAAUUGAAGAUGUGAAAAACGCUUGUGCUUUGUUCCGCGACAUGCAAAAAAGAGAACUCUUGCCUACUGUUGUUACCUAUACUUGCCUCAUUGAUGCAUUUUCCAAGGUAGAUCAGAUGGACGAGGCCAAGAAGUUGCUAAAAUUGAUGGUAAGACAGAAUAUUCCUCCUGAUGUCAAGACUUAUAGUUGCCUCAUUGAUAAAUUUUGCAAGUUACAUCGAAUGGAUGAGGCCGAGAGGUUGUUUGAUAGAAUGAGAAAAGAAAACAUCUCUCCUGAUGUCAUCACUUAUAAAAUAAUGAUUCUGGGAUAUGAAAUGGUUGGAAAUACUGAUCUAGCUUAUGAGAUGACUGAUGAGAUGCAGAGAUUAUUUAACAUUCCGGGCGAUAGUAUUUGA